AUGGCCGUCCGCAGGGGAAUGGCUGAUGUCAGUCAGGAAAGGGCUCGCUCCCCCAGAGAGCCUCACUUCAGACGUGGCGGAGGCAAAGCUCGCCUUUGCUCUCGCUUACUAAACCUGCGCAAGAGCUGUAACUCAGGUGGAAAGCAGACGUGGUGUCUUACAACGCCGUCGUCUCUGCAGGUUCAGAUUCUCUCUCUUCUGGCUGUUAUUUGUGAAGAAAUUGUGCAGGAUUGUAUCGAGUGUGGCGGACUUUACUUCUUUGAAUUCGUAAGCUGCAGUGCCUUUCUGUUGAGCCUCCUGAUCCUGUGUGCAUAUUGCACUGACAUAUAUGAAACAUCUGGGGAAGAUAAAGUACAAAGAGUGAAUUGUGGGGCCGUAACAGCCAUAGGCGUCUGUUUUCUGUUAGCAUCAAUAGUGCUUGCUGCAACCAGCUCUGGGUCUGCUGUUGAAAAAGCUGCAUGUGUGUUCGGCUUUCUUGCCAGUGGUGCAUUUGUAGCUGAAAUUAUUACAGAGCGUUUUCACAGUCAGAAGCAAAACGUCGAUGGACGCUCUGAAAAUCCUAGCAACACUCAGAGUGCCACAGAAAGUCAGCCAUUGAAUAAAUAA